CGGAGGCAUUGAAGCGGUCACAUCGUUGGUCGAAAGCCUCUCGGAAUUCCCUCCCCCUUCCACUGACGCAUCGUCUGAUGUCACUGUUACUCCCCCUCUCUAUUUAUGAACCUUGCCGUCUCGCCAAAUAAAGGCUUCACACUUCUUAUCUCUCCUCUUCCAUCUUUGGUCAAUCCAAUCGCGUUUAUUUGAUGACACACGGUGGCACAUCGGGUCCUCUUUCUCUCGCUUCCUCUUUGGGCAGCCGUGGUGGCGUACUCAAGCGCCAACAGCCUAUGGACUCCGGCGACCACCACUCGAUCAGCACCGCCAUCGAGUUUCCGAUCAGCCUAAACCCCCUCAUAGAUGCUCCGAUGGUGGUGGAAGCGAAAGAUGAGGUGAGCAACGAUCGGGUCGUGGCGACUGAGAUGGAUUUCUUCUCGGGUGAGAGGAAAGAUACGACGAGCCUAGUCGAACCGGAUCUGGAUCUCAAGGUGCCAAGUCUCACUAGGAUUAAGAAGGAAGAUCUCACAAUUCAGACUGGAUUGCACCUGCACACUGGCAACACGGGCAGCGAUCAAUCGACGGUGGAUGAUGGAUUGUCUCGGAAUGAAGAUGAUGAGGAAGGGAAGAACGAGCUGGCAGCCAUGCAAGCGGAGCUGGCACGCAUGAACGAGGAGAACCAGAAGCUGAGGGGAAUUCUGAGCCAAGUGACCACCAACUUCAACGCACUUCAGAUGCAUCUGGCCACACUGAUGCAACAGAGGAGCCACCAGAGCCAUGAAACCCCGCAAGAACAUGAGGCCAUGGAUGUAAAGACGGAUGCCAAGAAUGACGGCCAUGGCGGAGUGCUUGUCCCGAAGCAGUUCAUGGAUCUGGGUCCAGCAGUCAACGAUGUAGAGCCGUCGAACUCGUCGACCGUUAGCCCUGAUCGCUCCGCGUCGCCACCGGCUAACGUUGAAGUAGGAUCGAUGGGUUACGACCUACACAAGAACGAUGGUAGAAGCACCAGCGAUCAAACCUGGAACCCCAACAAAGCCCUCAAAUUGAACCCCACAAACCAAGCUCAAGAAGCCACCAUGAGGAAAGCCCGUGUUUCUGUUCGAGCUCGAUCGGAGGCGCCCAUGAUUACCGACGGAUGUCAAUGGAGGAAGUAUGGGCAAAAGAUGGCGAAGGGAAACCCAUGCCCCAAAGCUUACUACAGAUGCACUAUGGCAAGCGCUUGCCCCGUCCGCAAACAAGUUCAAAGGUGUGCCGAUGAUCGGUCGAUCCUGAUAACCACAUACGAAGGCACUCACAACCAUCCGCUCCCACCGGCCGCGAUGGCCAUGGCGUCGACUACCUCAGCUGCAGCGUCGAUGCUCCUCUCGGGUUCGAUGUGGAGCACCGACGGACUGAUGAACUCAAACUUCCCAGCACGAACUACUCUGCCUUGCUCAUCGAGCGUGGCGACCGUAUCGGCGUCCGCUCCGUUUCCGACCGUCACGUUGGAUCUCACCAAAAACCCAAACCCUUUGCAGUACCAAAGGCCACCUACAGGCCCGUUCAGUGUUCCCUUCCCCGGCGUUUCUCCAGCAUUCGGCGCUCCGCCUCAGCCUCCGUCCCUGCCGCAGCUCUUUGGCCAGACACUACUCCAAACGUCACCGGAGAUGGCCGCCACCCAGUUCCCACACCAAAAGACCCACUUGGUGAUGCCGUCACCCUCAACAGCUGAAACGGUGAAAGCGGCGACCGCUGCCAUAACAACCGACCCAAACUUCACGGCCGCGCUGGCCGCCGCCAUCAAGUCCAUCAUCGGCGGUAAUCAUCAGUGUUUCAACAACAACAAUGGUAGCAGCAAUAACGUCAACAUCAGCAACAUUACUCCUCACAAAUCCUGCAGCUAGCGAUGAUCAACAGAGGGAACUGUUCUUGCGGCUGCAUGAGGUUGAAUACAAUGUAUUGUGAAAGGGAUGAUAUUAUUGAUUGAGAUAAUAUGUAUUUAUAAAGAUUUUGAAGGAUUUUUUUUUU